AUGGCCACCCACGAGCAGCUCCCAUCGACAUCGUCUCGCAGCGCGCUGGACCCAACCAUCAACACCGAGAAGCGCUCCCUCCAAACCCUCCACCUCGGCACCCGCAAGUCCGCGCUGGCAGUCAUCCAGGCCGAGAUGGUGCUCGCCGCCCUGCAGAAGGCGCACCCCGACCAGCCCUUCGAGAUCCACGCCAUGAGCACCAUGGGCGACAAGAACCAGGUCACGCCGCUGCACGACUUCGGCGCGAAGAGCCUGUGGACGCAUGAGCUCGAGGCGCAAUUGCUAGAUGGGCGGCUGGACUUCGUCGUGCACUGCCUGAAGGACAUGCCGACGCAGCUGCCCAACAAGUGCAAGAUCGGGUGCAUUAUGGAGAGGGAGGACCCCAGGGAUUGUGUGAUUAUGAAGAAGGGGUUGGCGUUCAAGACGCUGGCGGAUUUGCCCGAGGGAGCGGUCGUCGGCACGAGUAGUGUGCGCAGGAGCGCGCAGGUGAAGAAGGCUUACCCGCAUCUGAAGUUCAAGGAUGUGAGAGGAAAUUUGGGAACGCGGUUGGGGAAGCUGAAUGCGGACGAUUCGGAGUACUCGUGCUUGAUUCUGGCUGUGGCGGGCGUUGUUAGGAUGGGUUGGACGGAUAUCAUCACGCAGUACUUGGACUCGAAUACGCCAGGUGGGGGGAUGCUGCAUGCGGUUGGGCAAGGUGCGCUUGCGAUUGAGGUCAGAGAAGGGGAUGAGAAGACGAUGGAGGUUCUGAAGUGCUUGUCCAACCAGGAUUCUACGCUGGCUGGUAUUGCGGAGCGGAGUCUGAUGAGGACGCUGGAGGGGGGAUGCAGUGUGCCCAUCGGCGUUGAGACGACAUGGAUUGAGAAGGGCAAGCUGCUGAUCAAGUCUGUUGUGGUGAGUCUGGACGGAACGGAGAGUGUGGCUGCUGAGCGGCUAGGAGAGAUUCUGAAUGAGCAGGAGGCCGAUGAAUUCGGCUGGAAGCUGGCGCAAGAGCUGGUCGAGAAGGGAGCUGGCAAGAUUUUGGAGAGAAUCAACCUCAAUCGCCCGAUUAUCAAGGAGGCUGGAGGAGCAUAG